AUGGCGGCUCGGCGGGCGCUGGCCGCGCUCCUGACCGCGCUCCUGACGGCCUCGGCGCAGCUCCUGCAGCGGGAAGCUUCCUUUACAAUCUCACUUCGUAAAGCAGACUCCAUCACAGUGACGAUUAAACCCAGGCCUGGCAUCUCACCAGGUUGUCAAAUGCAUGUUAAAAAUGCCACCAGGUCUGAACUGAAGAUAAAGCCAGGAGAGAAUGCCACUUUCACCUUCACUUGUAGAGCUCCAGAGAAAUAUUUCACCAUGAAGAUUCAGAAGAACAUUGACUGUGUGUCAGGCCCAUGUCCCUUUGGAGAGGUUCACCUUUACCCACCAAGACUGCCUCGCCUGAACAGGACUUUCGUCUGGGACGUGAAGGCAAGCACAAAAGCUGGGCUGGAGCUGAAGUUUUCUACCCCGUGGCUGAGGCAGAUUGAGCCAGGAGAGACCUGCCCAGAUUCUGUUAGCUACAACAUCAACAGCUCUAUAGACACAGCCACAGUCAACAUUGGCAGCUUCUGCAGGAACGGCUCAGUGUCUCGCAUCAAGCUGCUGGGAGGAGUUGUCCUGUCCCUGCACCUCCCCUGGGACUCCCCUCUCACCACCUCGGGCUUCAACAUCGCCAAUAGGACUUCCAUAAAGCGACUGUGCAUCAUCGAAUCCAUUUUGGAGGGGGAGUCCUCGAUCACGCUGAUGUCCCCCAACUACCCGCUGGGCUUUCCAGAGGACGAGCUCAUGACAUGGCAGUUUGUGGUUCCUCCCAACAUGAGAGCAAGCGUGUUUUUCCACAACUACAGCCUCUCCAACUGUGAAAGGAAAGAGGAGAGGGUGGAGUACUACAUCCCUGGCUCUGUCAGCAACCCAGAGGUGUUCAAGCUGAGUGACAGCCAGCCUGCCAAUAUCCCUGGCAGCUUCAACCUAUCCCUGCAGGGCUGCGAUCAGGAUGCUCAGAACCCAGGAGCCCUCCGCUUGCUCUUCCAAGUGGUUGUUCAGCACCCACAGGUCAAUGAGAAUGUCACUCAUUUGGUGGACCUGAGCAAGGAGAAAAACAUGAGUGUGACAAUACACUUUGAAGGAUGGCCCAGCCACGUGCCCCUCAUGUCUGAACCUGUGUGCCUCAUCUGUAAGGAUCCUCGCACCUGUGACCGCGUCCUGACUUUAGCGUCCGGUGCUGCCUACAAGAUCUCCUUCCUCUGCAAAGACUUGUCCCGCCUGAGGAUCACAGCUGAGAAAGGCAUAAGCUGUGUUGAUCUCCGAUGGUGUCAGAGGAAGAUCUAUUCCCUUUCUGUGCCCAAGGCCAUUACCCAGUUGCCAGUCCAGCUGCAUAGAUUUAUUUGGAAGCUCUUGGCUCCCAGUCAGCUCAACAUAGAAAUCACAUCUCCAUCUUUGAAACUUCAGCAACACGUCCCAGAGCAGAGGUGCAACACGAGCUACAGUUACGGCAUUGUCAGUGCCACCCCCACAACAGAGUUGACUGUUGGUGUCUUCUGUCCUGGUGGCUCCAUUGAGAAGAUUCAGAUGAGGAAUAAUAUCACCAUAGCCUUAAAAACCUUUGGUAAAGGGUUCCUCAACGAGUCUAACCGCCAGGAUCUCAAAAUGUCUUUUGUGCCACACAUUAAAGACGAGUGCACCUUCACCGUGAGCCCAGGCCCAAAAGACAAAGUUCACUUGCAGACGCCCAACUGGCCAUAUGGCCUGCCCCCUUACGUCUCCAUAUCCUGGUACAUAAUGGUGCCCAGCAAGCAGGUGGCUCGGCUUGGCUUCUCCAAGGAGCGCAUGGGCAUCGCCUGCCAGACCGGCCGCGCGUACCUCAACGUGAAGGAGGAGGCGGCGGGUGCAGAGGAGACAGUGCGGCGUGAGGACGAGCUGCUGCCCAAGCCAAAGGACAUGUACCAUGACUUCUGGGUCAACAUCUCCAACUGCAAACCCACCGAGAAGAUGCAGCUGACCUUGCAGUUCUGGGUGACUUUCACUGACAAGCAGAUAGACCUAGGAGUGAUACUUGCUGCGGUGGCUGGGGCUGGAGUUCUCACAGCUAUUGGACUGACUGUGUGCUGUGUGAAGAAGAAGAAGAAGAAGAGCCAGGACCCCAUGGUGGGAGUGUACAAUGCCAACGUCAACACCCAAGCACCUGGCAAACAGAAGCUGCUCAGGAAAGGGAGGCAGAACAAUGAGUCCCAUGUCUAUGCAGUCAUUGAUGAUGCUAUGGUCUAUGGGCACUUGCUGAAAGAGGCCAAUGGCUUAGUUGCUCCAGAAGUUGAUGUGUACCGGCCUUUUGAUGGACCCAUGGGUCCAGUGCCGCCUUCUCCACCUCCCUUCUCCUUCAGGAAAGACACAAAACGCUCUUCUAACCCUGAGGAGCUUCCACCUCUGACAGACACAGAUCCUGACACCUACACAUUUGCUCAUCAGAAACUGGGGCAAGUGGAGGACACUGGAGACACAAGUGAAAAGAACCAUGGAGAAAUGAGCUUGUCCUUGCUGGAGAGGAAGGAGCAGGAUGGCUUAGUGGAGUAA